AUGGCAACACAAAAGUCACCUCGCCUACAAUCAUUAGGGGCGCAAGAUCUUGGAAGCUCAUCAAAAUCUAUUGCUGAUAACUGUGUUGUUGACCACACAGAAGAACGUACAAAAAAGAGAACAAGAGGUCCAACUAAAAUGAAGUCUAUUGCAACUGAUAGUGAUGGUCGUUUGGAAGUGAAGUUUAAUUCCAAAGGACAACCAAUUGGUACAACAUCGAUAAAAUUGUCUUCUUUUUUAGGAGCACUUGUGAGAGAAAUUGUGCCAAUAACAAUAACUGAUUGGAGGAAGAUCACUCCAGGAAUGAAAGAAGUUUUAUGGAAAUCUAUACAGGCAAGAUAUAAGGUUGACAAAGAAUGGCAAAAGUACUAUGUCUUUAGAACAAUGGCAGAUCUUUGGAGAGCUUCGAAAUCAAGAUUGAUUUCUAAAUUUAGGAAGGCACCCAAUGAAGAAGCAAGAAUGAACCUGAAACCUGAUAACAUCAACUCAGAAAUUGAGUGGAAAAGUUAUGUUAGAGAAAAAACUAGUGCUGAGUUUAAGGCCAAAAGUGAGAAAUUCAGAAAGAUACGGACAAAGCAAUUGCCUCACACUUGCAGCCGUAAAGGAUAUGCACGCUUGACUGAAGAAUUGGUUAAUAAUAGCGGAAGCAAAGAAGCACCUUCUAGAGUUGAUGUUUGGACUAAGGCACAUAAGAAGAAAAAUGGUCAACCUGUAAAUUCAGAAGUGGAUGAAGCUUUUGAUUUAGUGGAAGAAUAUAAAAAAGAUCUAACUAUUUCUUCAACUACAAGUGUUAAUGAUGACAUUCUAACAAAGGUGCUUGGCCCUGAAAAUAAUACAUAUUUGAGGGCUUUUGGAAGAGGAGUUACUCGGUCAAAGUUGGCAAUUGUUUCUGAACGAGAUGAUCACAUGAUUCAAAUAAAAGAUCAAUGUAAUGACUUGAAGGAUAGAAUGUCACACAUGGAGCAACUAAUUCAAUCUUUACUAAAAAAUCAGAAUGAACCUGUUCAAAGUGGGGAGCAAUCAAAUGCCCAUGUUCCAUUGUCUCCUGUGGUAACUUCCGAAUCAUUAAGUCUUAAACUUUCUCCACUUUUUAUAAAUGAAUUCUAA